AUGUUGUGGUGUUCACAUUGCGGAGCUCUUGUUCCUCCAAUGAGAGAUGAUCUUCAGUUUGUAUCAUGCAGUGGUUGUGGAAAAGUGCUUAUCUAUCGAGAUGCCAGUACUAGUGAACCUACUUUGGUCAAAAGCUCCGGAAGAAAGGGCAGGAGGGCAGGUUCUUCUUUAAAAUCGGUUUCAAGUGACAAUUCACAGUCAUUUGAAGGUCCUUUAAACGAGGGACUCUGGUCAAAACGAGCUGUCGGUGCCAAUCCUGCUAUGCUGCUCAAGAUCAAGAAGCAUGCUCCUAGUUCAAGGAAAAAGUCCAAGGCAAUAAUAACUCAUGCUGGUGAUGCCAAAGGACAAAACCCUCUCACCAUCGAGCAUGAAUCAGACAUCUCUGAAAAUGACUUCAAAUUGAGGCAGGAUUAUGAAAAUGUUAAAGAGGGAGGUGAUGGAAGGCCAGCAAAUUAUAAAUCACACGUUCCGAAUCAAGAAAAUGUUCAUGAAUCUACCUAUGAUGCUGAUGAUGAUGCUGAUUAUGAUUAG